AUCAACAAAAAUAAUAUAAGCAAUAAUGGGAUAUAAGGAAUCAGAGACAGACUUUUGGAUUCUUUCUGUCAUGUGUGAAUCAACUUCUAAUCUUUUAUUAAUACCCAGUCUCUAAUUACAGAUAUUUGUGUGCAUGUAUUUUCUUGAUUUUUUUUCCUCUACCUACUCUCACAUAACAUUUGGAUGUUCCAUAUGCAAAUUAAAAGCCAAAAUGUUCCAAAUGUGGCUUGUGAGUUUUCUGUUACAUAAACUGUGUGUAUGAUUAAUUAUGCUGUCAGAAAGCUCCACUUGGCCCUGGUGGAAUUUUUCUUUAAUCAUGGAGUGGGGGAAUCUCUUUAAAGCUUCUGGUAUUGGCAGUCUGAGGGACUGUAACUGGUUGUUCAUGGCUCCCAUUCAAAGUGUUUAAAUAAGAAUCCCAAAUGCUCUAAAAAGUAUGUUUGUAGCGUACAUGUUCAUGGGGAUAAGUUUGGUUUGGUUUGGUUAAAAUUGUAAAGCCAAAUUCUUUUUUUUUUUCUGAAACAGCAUUGCAGAAUAAAGGACCUAUCUGAAAAUAAAAAGAUACUAUUAUUCUGGCAAGCUUAACUUGGUUUAGAUGUUAGAAAUAUGUACAAGAUCAAGGAAACCAACUGAGCAAGAACAGAAAAUGUGUUAAUGCCACUGAUCUCUGGCUCCACCUUUUUUUCCAACAAUUGUUGCUCUGGUUUUAUGAGGAGCUUGGUGAUGUGGUUUGUGCUUCUGCACACAGAACUGUACAUACUUGUAGUACAGCUAGAGAUGAUGGUAAUUGUGAUAUAGGUCUAUUUUUAGGCUACUGAGAAAGAUAAGACCUCAUAAGUGACCAGCAGGGACUGACUAACCCCAAAGCCUCCAGUGAUAUGAAGAGUUUAUUAGCCUACCAGUCAGAAGAUGGUGUGAUGGUGGCAGAUAUUGAAACCUGAGUAUGCUUCAGUUGCAAUGAGUGUAAGCUUUAAGAAUAAAUUACACCUAAGGUGAGAGUGCAUAGCCUUCAAGGGAACUUUCAUUUGCUUCCUGUGUAAGAAUAUACUUAUUCACUAAUAGGCACUACUACACACCUUUUGGAAUCUGGGGGCACUUCUGAAAUUUUUGAGAGCAUGUGAUGAAUUUACCAAAUGGUUGCCAUGGUAGACAGACCAGCCACAAAUCAUCAAUUUACCAUUGUCUUAAUAUUCUAUUAUCCCUUCCAUCUUACUUUUAUGUUUUGGGAGGAAGAUUUGCAAAACAAAACACUGACCCAGAACUUGUUUUUCUAAUAGGCUAUGUGGUCCUAGCAGCAAAUACAGGUGAUUUUGGAGAUUUGCUUUGCAAUGUGUCACUUUCUCAUUUAAUUUCUUAAAAGAAUUUAAAAACAAAGGACAAGGAUGGCUAUAGUAUAAAGCACACUUUCUACUCUUGUGCACUGAGCUGUUUUGAGAAUGUUGAACGCUAUGAUAGCAACAUCUUUGGGAUAUAAUUUAUCACACAGAGUGGUUUUCUGUGGAGAAAAAGAAAACUGCCAUCAACCACCUUUCCACUACGUCAAAGGAAACUGAGCUAUUUGUGGGUUCUUAGAAUUUAACACUUCUCAAUAACAUGCACUCAAACUAUAAAAGCUAUACCAAUGUGCCGUGUAUCAAGCUGGGUCACACUUAGCAUGAAGAAGGAUCAAGAAGACUGUAUUGCUUCCAUGUUAUUAUUUGCACCUGUACACUGCAUGACAACAAUUGCCUGAAAGAUUCCGCAGCAAAAGAGCCAAACCAAUAGAAGAAUAUAGAAAGUUUGCAGACAACUUAUGACAUUUGCAUUCUGAGAAACUUCCACUAAAGAAAUAGACCAGGGUUUCUCUGGAGCAUUCAUAUGAAUUGAUGAUCUAGUUGGAAUUGAAAGAAAAAUUCUAGUGCCCUGCAUCACCUCCUUUGGUUUCUGAAGAGCUGGCUAUGGUACAAUGACAGGUGAGUACAACCCAUUCUGGGUUAAAUGAAAAUAUGUUAAAUGGUACUGUCGCUAGACUGCUUUUUAAAUAGGGAAAGUAAAAAAAAAAAAAAUCUUCAUGAUCAUAUAAAAACUCAUGGGCUGGUACAAGUAUUGCCUAUUAUUGCAUAGCAAAAUUUAAAUUUUAUUCUGUACAUGUUGUCGUGUGCCCAAGGGUGCUGCUGCUAUUAUUUUAAGUCAUUUAGAUCAGGUUUCUCCAAUCUGAUACUUUCCAUAUGUGUUGUGACUGUAACUCCCAUAAUUUCUAGGCUUUAUGGAAAAUUGCUUUAGACUAACACUAUGCUCAUUGGCGCUGUUCACAGAAGGAAAGUCAGCACUCAAAAGCUUACAGUGUGUAUGAAAGGAACCAGUGGGAUUGAUACAUUUUGUGAUGGUACCAACAAUAAUGAAGUGGCAAUCAGACUAGGGUACAUCAAGAAGCAUUCUGUUCUGCUGAAUCUAACAUAGGAUUUGGAUGAUGAUAAAGGAUGUAGUUAAAAAGAGGCGAGCCAUGAAUGAAUGUAGUAGUAUUUAGGAAUAGCACAGUGGAAGCCAGAGAGGCAGGAAAAAGAAGAGCAGCAUGAAACUUAGUACUUUUUUCAGGAAACAGCCAUUAAUUUUUAACAAAUUCCAAUAGGAGAAGCAAAUAGAGAUGCUUUUAACACUGGAGAUAUUCCAGAACUUAUUCAUAGGAUUAUGCUAGUAGCAGCUAAAGUUUAAAAAAAAAGAUAAUUUUUUGCCAACACAAACCUUUCAGUAUCAGUUAUUAGGUUCAUGCCUUCCAGGUUACAGGGCAAGAGGUUUCUUAGGCAAUUCUCAGAAACAAAAGACUUUGAGAUGGAAGCCAUCUUAACUAUGCUACCCUAAACUCAGUUAUAUAGCUCAUAUUGGCAGCGCUUUUUAAUUACAUGGGGAGAACAUUUAGAAUUUUUGGAGUACAGUAAAAAGUGCCCUUUCUAAUCAAUGUGAGAUGUGCUUCAAGUCUACUAGAUCCAAAAUGUAAGGUUUCAACAAGCUCCCAUAUAUAUCUUAUUCUCCUUAUAUACUGUAUAGGUUCUGCAUCUGUUCAACCCUGAUGUAAGGCAGAUAUUCCUGAGCAAUAUUCAUCAUUCCAUGCUGGAGAACUGGCCAUCUUACUUCUUCAUUCCUCUGUCUUCAGAGGUAGUUACUUCUUGUUUAUGACCUCUCUGAGCAAUAUACUAGAAGAUUGCUGUUAGCAACAUAUUGUGAUGGGAAGCUUGCCCAGUAAGAGGAAACGGAUUGCUACCCAGACAAGCCCACAACUGAACACAUGGCACAACCAGAGCUAUAGCGUAAGCCUGCCAGUUGCCAGCUCCCCUAUAGUUGUUGCAGUUGGUGAUUUUCCUUCUGGGGACACGGAGCCAAUACUAAGGAUGGGGGAACAGCUGAGUUUGCUAUCUGAAGAGGGUGAAUGGUGGCAAGUCAAGUCAGUAGCAACUGACAAAGAAUGCUAUGUACCUAGCAACAACAUAGCUAAAAUUUCACACAGGUGGCUCUAUGACGGCAUUGAUAGAGCAAAAGCUGAGGAGCUGUUGCUGCUGCCUGCCAACCAGGAAGGUUCUUUCCUCAUAAGAAAGAGACAAGUGAGGAAAGGUUGCUACUCCUUAUCAAUCAGAUACACAAAUCGUGCAUCCUGGAAUUGUAUAAAACACUACCGCAUUAACUGUUUGGAGAACAGCUGGCUUUAUAUCUCCCCCAGCCUUACCUUCCCAAGCUUGCAUGAACUGGUGGACUAUUAUUCUGAAAGUAGUGAUGGCUUAUGUUGCUGUUUGAAGAAACCGUGCUUCAUCCAAGGAACUAGUUCCAGCUUGUUUCAUAAUCUUUCCAAACCUGUGGAAGUGAAAAAAUCUGCUCUCAACUGGCAGGAGAUCAACAGCUCAGAUUUGUUGUCAGAAGAUCCGUUAACAGAAGACUCACCCAUCAGUCUUGGCUUGCGAGAAGCAGUUAGUACUUACCUGUUUAUGACUGAAGACCUGCCAUUAGGGGACACACCUAACAGGAAAGGAAGGCAAUCCAAAGACAUAUAAAGCUAGUAUUGGAAAUAUUUCUAGAAUAUGAAGCUUGCACACAAGAUUUGUUGAAUUUGCAGUAGUUUUUAAUCAUGUUGAUUCAAGGUGUUUGUCCUUAAAUCACUGUUAUCAUGGUACACUUUUCAUCUUUUUUUCAACAAUCUGGGCUCAUUCAAGUAUCGUGUGUGUGUGUGUGUGUGUGUGUGUGUGUGUGUGUGUGUGUGUAGUAAAUGUAUGUUUUACACUUGGUAACUGAUAGCUGAGUAGUAAUGCAAAAGCUAAGGUAUUCACAAUAAAUCAAAUAAUUGUUUCACCCAGUUGCAAUGGAGCAUUAAUGUCAACAGUUCAAGAAGCAAGGAAAG